GCCAUCUUUCUUCAUUAAAGGAAGCAAAAGAGUUUGAUUUCGUCGUCGAGCUUGCGAUCUUCAGCUUUUCAGGCGACGUCGUUGUGAUUCUAAUCGUUCUCCGGUGAAAUUGAUUUCGGAGGCUAUUCGAUGGCUUACGUCGACCAUGCGUUCUCGAUAUCGGACGAAGACCUAAUGAUUGGGACUUCGUACACCGUUAGUAAUCGACCACCGGUGAAGGAGAUCUCACUCGCGGUAGCUCUACUCGUAUUCGGAACCCUAGGAAUCGUUUCAGGUUUCUUCAUGGCGUAUAACCGAGUUGGUGGUGAUCGAGGUCACGGGAUUUUCUUCAUUGUACUCGGAUGUCUUCUGUUUAUCCCGGGGUUUUACUAUACACGGAUUGCAUAUUACGCUUACAAAGGAUACAAAGUCAUACUAGCUAUGAUAGUCACCGGAAGCGAGUCUUCUGAUGCUCGUGAUGCUGAAAUAAAUCGACUCUUGAAGAAACUCAACAAACCUUUUCUUAAAUCUAUCAAGGUGUUGACUGCACUUUAUAAUGAUACUAACCCUCGAUACUUUGUGUACUGGACUAAUGAUUCAUAUAUACAACAUGGUUGCUAUAAUAAUAUUUGCCCCGGCUUUGUUGUUGUCAACCAAGCAUUUGCUCUAGGCGCGGCCGUUCCUGAAGUUUCUAUCCGUGAUGGUCUACAAUACGAAAUUUUCACAAGUAUAUGGAAGGACCGUAGUUCAGGAAAUUGGUGGUUGAGAUUUGGUACUCAUGUAAUUGUUGGGUAUUGGCCUUCUUCAUUGUUCAAUCGUUUACGAAUUGGUGCGACAGAAGUUGAAUGGGGAGGCGAAAUAUGCGAAGAUUGUGGCGAGAGUCUGAAGAAGCCAAGGCUCUCGAAGCACUUGCGUAUGUGCACUGCCACCAAGUUUUCUUGCAUUGACUGUGGAAACAUGUUUGGGCAAGAUAGUGUUUACUAUCAUAAUCAAUGCAUCACCGAGGCUGAGAAAUAUGGUCCAAAGGGGCUAUCUAAUGGCGAAAAUUCGAAACAAAAGCACGAUUUCGAUAUAAAUACCGAGUCAUACAAGAGUCCUUCAUGGUUUUGUAGCUUAUGUAAUGCAAAUAUGACCUGCGAGCAGGAUUAUUUUGCCCAUGUCUAUGGAAAGAAACACCAAGAGAAAGCAAAUGAGGUUGCUGAUAUGGACUACUCAAAACAACAAUCUGAACAACCACCAGUUGACAAGAACAACUUAAAACAACAACCCGACUUAGAUAUAUAUGUCGGGUUAUCAAACCACUAUCCAUGGUUCUGUAGCUUGUGUAACAUAAUGGCUACCAGCCAGCAGACUUUGUUAUCACAUGCCAAUGGGAAGAAACACCGAGCGAACGUCGAAUGGUUUGAUGCUGAACAACAGCAACGACAAGUAACACAACAUUCCACGAUGGACAACUCAAAACAACAGAUCGAAGUCGAUAUAAAUGUUGGGUUAUCCAAUUGUUAUCCAUGGUUUUGUAGCUUGUGUAACGUGAAGGCUACAUGCCAGCAGAAUUUGCUAUCCCAUGCCAAUGGCAGAAAACACCGAGAAAAUAUCGAAUUGUUUGAUGCUACACAACAACAACAGUUAGAAAAAUCCACAGUGGAUAACAAGGAUACAAUUGAAAAUGCUUCUGAUGGUGAUUCCGAACAGAAGAGAGUAGAUUUGCUUGUCUCAUCAGGUGUUGCAAAUGGAUAUCCUCAGGCCGACAAAAAGAGAAAGCGAGAGACUUUCGAUGAAACAUGGAACAGGGAGGUAGUUCAGGCCGAAGAAGCUGAAGGAGGGGGUGAGAAAAAGCAAGAGAGUAAGAAGAAGGGAAAGAAGGAAAAGAAGGAAAAGAAGCAGACUAUGUUAGACUCUGAUUUCGAGUAUGACAAGGAAGAUAUCAAGCAGCUGUUGGUAUCUUACUCGAAGGAAGGGCUUGUUAACCUCAUAUACAAGACUGCUGAGAAGGGUUCUCGAUUGAUCUCUGCCAUCCUUGAAUCGGCUGACCGUGACAUCGCUCAGCGCAAUAUAUUUGUGCGUGGCUUUGGAUGGGACACAACGCAUGAGAACCUCAAGGCAGCGUUUGAGACUUAUGGGGAGAUAGAGGAUUGCUCGGUGGUCAUGGACAAAGACACGGGAAGAGGUAAAGGGUAUGGGUUUGUGCUGUUCAAGACGCGGAAAGGAGCGAGAGAGGCAUUGAAAAGACCGGAGAAGAGGAUGUACAACCGCAUCGUGGUAUGUAAUCUAGCAUCAAAGAAGCCGUCUGGGGCUGGAAAGGAGCAGGAUAUGGUUGAACCGGUGAAGAUUGAUCUAACUCAGAUGGCCAAUCAAAGUGAAGCAGUCUUGCCCGGUCCCGAACUGGGUCACGGACAUGUACUCAAGAAGAUGCACCACCAACAACAGACUAUAGACAUGUUCGGGCAGAACAUUCCUUUUUACGGACACUCUCAUCAGUUUCCUGGUUUUGAUCCAAUGUAUGGUGCUUUAAGUGGUCUACCAAACUAUGGUAUGUUUGGCUCGGGUAUGAUGAUGAACCAAGGAUCGAUGUUGCAGCCACCACCGAAUCAUUUAGGCAUGGCAGGGCAAUAUUUUGACUGUGGAGAGAGUCUGAAGAAGCCAAAGCUCCCGACUCACUUCAAGAUGUGCAGAGCCAACAAGUUAUCGUGCAUCGAUUGUGGAGAAAUGUUUGGGAAAGAUACUGUGCAAGGACAUACCCAGUGUAUUACUGAAGCUGAGAAGUAUGGUCCAAAAGGGCAGUCAAAGUCAUCUAAUGGCACACCUGCAAAGCCAAAGGAUAACUCUAAGCAACAGCCUGACUUCGAUAUUACUGUCGGCUUAUCGAACCGAUAUCCAUGGUUUUGUAGUAUAUGUUACACAAAGGCUACUAGCCAGCAGACUUUGCUUGCCCAUGCGGAUGGGAAGAAGCACCGAGGAAAAGCAAAAGCCUUCCAUGCUAGACAACAGCAACAGUCUGAACCAUCCGCAGUGGAUACGAAGGAUGGAAGCGAAAACGCGUUUAAUGGUGAUUCAGAACAGAAGAAAGUAGAUUUACCUGUCUCCUCAAGUGUUGCGAAUGGAGAAUCGCAUGCUGAGAAAAAGAGAAAGCUAGAGACUUUGGAUGAAACGAGUAAAGGUGAGGUACCUCAAGCCGAAGAAGCAAAAGGAAGUGAUCUAAAGAAAGCUAAGAAGCAGGACCAUGAGAAGAAAAUCAAUUGGAAGAAGUUGAUCACAUCGGCUUUGAAGUCUAACGAAGAUAAAACUUUGAAGAUGAAGAAACUGAAGAAGCUCGUUCUGGAAUCUAUUGUGGAUUCAGGCAUAACUCGAGAAAAAUCUGAGCUUAAGGCAGAGCUAGAGCUAAAGGUGAAUUCGAGCUCCAGAUUCACGGUUGAUGGGAAGUAUGUGAAACUUGUGGCUAAAGAAUGAAUCUAAUUCUUGAGUCAAGCAACAGUAUCAUGUCCCUCCGACUGAAAUUAGAUUUUGCGCAUGUCACAGUUUUGGCAUAUGAUUCAUUACUAUUACUGUCUGUACUCUGUACCAAAUUUGGAAUUUUGGAAUCUCAUUAAACUAUUAUUCGUGAC